CUCGAGAGAGUCUCUCGGGAGGCUAGAUUAGCCACAAGUUGUGGUGAACCAGUGUAAAAUCGGUGUGCCUCUUACUUUUCUCUUUACUUCUCGUUUAUUCAUUUUUUAUUCCUGCAAUUUUUGAUCAAACGCUAUUCACCCCCCCUCUAGCGUUAGUCUCUUAUUCUAACAAUUGGUAUCGGAGCCUAACUCGCGUCCAAACUUAACUGUUUGAGAGUAAAGCGAUCAUGGGCUCUUCUUCUAGAAAUCUCUAUGCAGGAAUUGGAGAAGGUCAAUCAACUUCUAGGCCACCACUCUUUGAUGGCACCAACUACUCUUAUUGGAAGGAACGGAUGAGAAUCUACAUUCGUUCCACCAACUUCGAAUUGUGGUUGGUGAUAAAAAAUGGCGAAGAAAUCCCUAUGAAGAAAGUGGGAGAAACCACGGUCCCAAAGACCGAAAACGAAUUUGAUGCCGAGGACAUCAAGAAGAUUGAAAACUAUGCAAAGGCCAUCAAUAUGCUAUAUUGCGCGGUUAACCCCGAUGACUACCAAAAGAUCUCCUGUUGCACAACCGCCAAGGAGAUGUGGGACAAGCUUGAAGUGACGUACGAAGGUACCGAUCAAGUUCGCGAAGCCAAGAUCGAUUUUCUCACCCAAGAGUACGAAAUGUUCCGGAUGAAAGAAGGUGAGAAAAUUGAUGACAUGUUCGACCAUUUUUCAAAGAUCAUCAACGACCUUCAUGCUCUCAAAAAGACUUACACCAACAAGGAUCUCGUGAGGAAAAUCCUACGAAGCCUCACACCCGAAUGGAGGUCAAAAGCCGAUGCAAUCUAUGAAUCCAUUGGAGUCUCCAACGUCACCAUCGACGGGCUAAGAGGUAACCUUAAAACCUAUGAAUCUACUAUUCUAACCCCGUCUUUGGAUGAACAAAAGAAAAAGGGGAUAGCUCUCAAAGCCACCAAGGAACCAGUGGAAGAGGCUUCAAGCGAUGAUGACAAUGAAUUUGGGCUCGUCAUCAAGAAGUUCCACAAGUUCAUGAAGAAGGAAUUUGAGCGGAAGGGAAGGAAGCACGACGGUCCUCCCAAGUGCUACGGCUGUGGCGAGAUUGGCCACAUCAAGCCAAGGUGUCCAAAGGCCAAACAUGGCAAGGAUAAGCCUGGCUUCAAGAAGCAAAGGGCCUACAUCUCUUUGGGUGGCGAUUCCGGCGACGUAUCAACCGACCAAGAAGAGGACGAAGCUGCAAAUCUCUGCCUCAUGGCGCACGAAGAUCAAAGCGACGACGUCCAAAAGAGGAAUGCCCGGGAGUGCUAUGCUCGGGCAGUCAAGAAGAUUACCAAGGGGGUCAAUGUCAUCUCUCAAGAAAUCACAAAGGGAGAGACCUGGGAAAAACUUGAGCCCGAGGCCAAGACGGUGGAGAUUGAACUUCACCCGGGUGAUUCUUCAAUGAUGGUCAGGAUUGGAGCAAAUCUCCCAGAAGAUCUCAAGGCGGAGAUUACACGUGUCCUCCAAGAGUACGCGGGCAUAUUUGCGUGGAGCCUGGUAGAUAUGCCUGGAAUUGACCGCUCAAUCAUCUGCCACUGGCUGGCAGUGAGGGAUGGAAGUCAACCGGUACGCCAGAAGAAGAGAUACAACCUCCGGUUGAAUCCUAAGAAAUGCGUCUUCGCGGUUCAUACCGGGAAGUUCUUAGGAUUCAUGGUAACCAAGAGAGGUAUAGAGCCCAAUCCAGAGAAAAUUCGGGCUAUCACCGAAAUGCAAGCCCCUACCUCAGUUAGGGACGUGCAAAAGUUGACCAGUCGUCUAGUGGCCCUCAGCCGGUUUCUUUCCCGGUCAGCUGAGAGAUCCCUGCCCUUCUUCAAAGUCUUGAAGAAGGCCAACACAUUUGUAUGGGACGAAGACUGCCAGAUGGAAUUCGAGGAGCUGAAAGAAUACCUAGUGUCAGACAUUGUAUUGUCAAAACCCGAACCGGGUGAAACUUUGUAUCUGUACUUAGGGAUUUCCCCAAAUGCUGUAAGCUCCGUUUUAAUAAGAGAUGAUGGGGCACAAAAGCCCAUUUAUUAUGUGAGCAAAGCACUAAACGGGGCAGAAAGUAGAUAUACGGCGAUGGAAAAGACUGCGUAUGCUCUUUUCAUCUCCGCCAAGAAGUUAACAUCCUACUUCCAAGCUCACCCGGUGGAAGUGCUGACUGACUGAUUUGCAGUAUAGAAUGGGCAAAACUAACAACUAAAAAGAACCCUUGUAAGUAGGGUGUCGAACCUCAGGGAGACGUGAGUUAAUUUAAUUUUGACAAAAGUUUACAAAAGAAGUUGUAAAAUAUUUUUUUGGACUUUUUGGUUUUAGAGAUAAAAUAAAAAGUGUAAAAAGAGAGAGUUUCAAACAACAUAAAGUUUUUGAUGAUGA